AUGCCCGGCACGCUGCCCUCCGAGGACCAUGUGGACGUCUUGAUCGUCGGCGCUGGGCCUGCAGGCCUAAUGCUGACCAACUGGCUGAGUCGCUCUGAUGCCGACGGCCUUCAAUACCGCACGCUGGAGAUCCUCGACUCUUUUGAUCUGGCCCAGAAGGCAUGGUGCGAGUCGAACCAUGUGAUCGAGAUCUGUCUCUGGAAUCCGGAAUCCGGAUGA